UUCAUAAAAUAAAAAUAAAUAUCAACGGCGGUAAUCUCUCUAGCAAUGGCUCGACCGAUGGCAACGAGCGCAUCAAGCAGGGCAUCACCGUCGACAUCCUCCGUCACCACCACCCUGACGAUCGAAAACAGCUCGGCCUCCGCUUCUUCCUCCUCGCGACCUCAAGAAGCCCUCGUCCUCGAACUCCGUCCGAGGAAAAAGAAAGUUACGUGGAAAGAAGGAACCAUUGACAACGAAUUCAUGAACAAGAAGAGCUCCAAGAUCUGUUGUAUUUACCACAAAGAAAAGCCCUUUGAUGAAGACGACAGCGACGAUGACUGUCACGAUCAUCAUUAACAUCCAUCCAACGACAGCGAUCCAUCCAAGGAUGGCUGCAGGCCCAGCCCAAGCAAUAGCGCCUAAUUUCUGCUUUGAGAUAUUGGUUUAUUCCCUUUAUUAUGGAUGUAAUGAGCAAAUUUGAUGAAACUCUAUAUCGGUUUUG